UAUUGUCCAGUCGAACAUGAUUUAAUACUUUGCUGGCCUCCAACCAAGGCAGGGGAUACAACAUACCUCCAAUGUCCCGCAGAAGCCGACCAAUAUCAAACAACUAUGGCCUACCGUUACUGUACGUCGAACGGAACUUGGGAUACAUCUAUCUCACCGCAAGAACUGUAUUUGAGCGGGAAAAUAUGCAGAUGUCUUCACUGUAGUGUUAUCUUCACAAUCAACUCUUUUGGAUGUGGCCUUUCAGCAUUAGCCUGUAUUGUAGCCUUUCUUAUAUUUUUAUUCAGCAGGCGACUCUGGUGUAGACGGAAUCACAUACAUUGGCAUCUCAUCAGCUCAUUCAUCCUCAAUUAUUUCGUCUAUUUCAUCGCUCUUGGAAUCCGACAGUCUAGCAAUGCUACAAAUAUUAGGUGGUUAGAAAACCUUCUUGAUACACUCUAUUUCUACGCCUUGAUGACCAACUAUUUCUGGAUGCUCGUAGAGGGCCUUUAUCUACAUACCUUGGUGGUCUUUGCGCUCAGAGUGGACGCUAACAGAAUCAGUUUUCUCAUUUACGUCUUUAUCGGAUGGAUAUUACCAGCAGUUUUUGUGACGCUGUGGGCUAUUGUGUCGUCUUUAACAAGAGGAGGAUUCGCCAAUCCGUUAUCAGAAAAUGGGAGUGUUCAAGAUUAUAUCUGCUUUAUAGGACCAAUUGGAGUGGCUUUAUUUAUUAAUUGUAUAUUCCUCUUUAACAUCAUGCGCUGCUUGUGUAAAAAACUUCGAGAACAAAUGAGAAACGAGGAACAACAAUCGUGGAGGGGCGCCAAGGCCACGAUGGUCCUCGUGGUUCUCCUUGGCGUCCACUACGUCGUCUUCCUCAUCAUCGUCCCCAUCGUCGAGUCCCAGCUCCCGAUCACCGUCACGCUCGUGCUCCAGUAUAUCAACACCUUCCUCACCAGCACCCAGGGCAUCCAAGUCUCUGUCAUCUACGUGUUCCUAAACAGCGAGGUCAAAGGCUCUAUCAGACGCACAACAGUGAAGAUAAUGAGAAAGCAGGACUGCCCUUGCAUGAGGCGAAGAUUAGCAGCGAAUCGCCAGAGAAAUUCAUCCUACUCAAGGUGGUUUACGGACGAGAACACUUGCUUGAGCUCGUUGCGAUCGAGUCCUUCUCGGAACCCAAACCCAAACGGGCGAAUCAAUUCCGAUCUGGCUGCAACGUUGAACGGCGGUGUUGGAACGAGCGACAAACCAACCACGCAGACCGUAACGUCACUACCGCAGCGGUCUACCAACCAGGAAAAGUCAGACGAAUUCGAGAAUUACGAACUCGGAGCCCUGCCGGAGAAAGGAGACAUCGGUAAAGAUGGCGACUGUGUGGCUGGUAAGCAUAUCCUGCCACCUCAGGAAGGAAUGCCCCUUUUGGAGGACAAGAACGUAGAGGGCGCCAGGCAAGCUCCGAAGACGAACAGCAACGGUAGUCCUCACAUUGGAAAUAGAGACACGGACAAGGAUAGAUGUGUUGAUGAUGAUAACAAUCAGUUGAAAUCAAAUGAAACGCAGCACCUAACCACUCAUCAUAUCACGUGUUAGCUGAUAGAAAGGAUUAAAUGUUUAUUCUUGUACAAAUAACACUGAACCCUCGAACAACUCUUGCACUGGCUGCGAGAAAGAAAUAUAAAAAAAAAUGAGACAAACUAAUGCUAGGUUCGGGUGUAUAUAAGCACCUGCCAGCAGCGUGGUCAGAUUUUAUUGCACUUUCAUCUACAUAAACCUUGGCUGAAGAAAAAAAAAGUUAUUGAACGUUGAAAUUACUAUCCGGCAUCGUCAUGUCCUGUUUAUAUUGUCAUUGAAGUGUUAACUCCAGUUCAAAUAAUUGCAAUGUGCUAUAAAAAAAAAAUCAUCCGUUGUUACUCCAAUAUCUACUCUCACAAAAUUUCUAUAAAUGUAUCUAGUUUUCUUUUUAUAUAAGGCCCAAUCUAAGGUCCAUCUACCAGAAGAUGCGAUUGCUUUAAUCAAUCUCAACUUUUGAAAUUAAUCGUAUUUUAAAAUUCUUCAUAUAGGCCUAUAUAUGUGUCAACAACAGUAAUGUUUUUCCAUCAUCUGAGUGGACCAGGGCCCUGUUUUACAAAGAGUUCCGAUAGAUUUUUAAUUGAGAUUGAUCUAACUUCAAAUAUCUUAUCUACACAAUUUUGGAUCAAUCUUUAAACAUUUUCAUACUGAUCACAAUUUUCACAAAGAGUCGACGGGUGAAAAACAUAAUUUUCAACACUUACUGAAUUCGUAUGAUACACCAAUAUAAUUCAGAUUUUUACCCCCUGCCAAAGCUUUAGAUAUCCCGCAAUAAAGCAGCUAUCCGAGAGAUGGUCUAUACAAAUACCAUUCAUUAAGUUUACUGAGUGAUACAAAUUUACACAGAUUCCUUACCUUGUAACGAGGUAAUCCUUUAACCUGUUGGUAAUGAAUGAAUUCCUGUGCUUCAAAUUCAUUUUCGUUUAUUUGUUCUUGUUUUGGGGUACAUUUCGCGUGACUGGCAAGCCUAUUGAACAUGUUGAAAGAUCUGUCAAGAAUUGCCUUUGUUUGAAAGGUAUGCAUUAAAUUUGAACAUGUCGGUAAGCAUGUCAUUUAAAGGCUCUGACCGUUUUUUCAAGCUGCAUCUCCAAUCGCUCUUGGGAUUUCUACGAGGUUAUUUGAACGCCACUACUAGUCAGCAUCGUCAAGGUGCCAGCGUUGGAGGGGUUGCCUGUCUGUCUGAAUUCCACGAAAGUUACAAACAAAUGUCGGAUGUAAAAUUUGUAUCAAUAGAGUAUCGAAGCGAUGACGUCAGUUGUCAUGGUGUCAUGGCGGCCUGGUUCUAAAACCAGGGGGCAGUUUCAUAAAGCUGUCCGUAAGUUAGGAGCUAUACUUUAAGACUGGUGAUCCUUUCUUACGGACUCAACCAUCGCCAAUUUAUCAUACCGUUUACCACAAGAAAGGACCACCAGUCAUUCUUAAAGUCGCUCUUAUGAAACGGCGCCCUCUUAUGACUCUCAGAAUGAUGGUAACAACCAGGGACAAAACACAUCGCCAUUUUUGCAAAUACAAAUGUGUAUAGACGAUCAUGCAGCAGCUGCGACUCAGUUUAGAACCAGUCGAUUCGUUGUCAUGACAUCGUGACGUCACACUUCGGUACUCUAUUGUUGAUCACCUCUUGUUUUCUGCUGAUAAUUCAGUUUCUGUCAUGUCAUCAUCUGAUCAAAUAUACCAUGUUUUGAAUGUGGUGGCGCCCUUCAUGGUUCCAGUACAAGGAUGACAACUUGAGAGUAUAUGUUAAUGGAAGUAUUUUGUGUUCAGAUGAAUUCGAUUUCAGAACAAUGUAGUUAUAGUCACCCAUGGUACCCAUAACGAGGGAUGGGAAUCCUUUUUAUAGUGAAGUAUGCAUGAUUAUUUUCAAGGGGGACAUUCAACUUUACGGAGCUGAUGGACGCACCCUCUAAACGUCAAUUUCUUCCAAAUAUGUUUUGUGCGUGUGUGUGUGUGUGUUGUGUCAGACGUAUAUAGGCCUAUAUUAUACCUUAAUUCCGUUUUACCAAAUGUUAGGUACACACCGCACGCUACCCCUGGUGUUAAAUCGACACAGCCGGUGUAUAUAUAACUAAUUCAUUUUAACACGACCACCCAGAUGUCUUAUUACAUGUGUGCACAUCACAUUUUGUUUUUGUUUAAGCGCUCCUUUUUUAGUAAAAUUUUAUAAAAAGAGGGUGCAGCCAUUCAAUUACUUGUCAGGCACACGUGCACUUUACCUCCUAUAUAGCAAAUUAUUCGACCUUUCAUAAAGCUGCAUGUUCGUAAUAUACGAAUGACAGUACGCACGACUGGUGAUCCUUUUUUGUGCUAUGUAAUAUCCCUGUAUAAUUGAUUUAUGACCUAAGAACAUGUUCCAGUCUUGCGUAAAGUCGUGCAAAACUUUACGAGCGGCUGAACCCUAUCCAGUCAGGUAUGGGGGCCAAAACAACCCCCCCCCUCCCCGACAUUCUUUGCCAUAAAUUUGUAACGCGAAAAGAUCGCGCCGCGACGUUUCGCGACGCAGGGGUACACGUGGUUCCAAACUUACAUAACAUUUUUUAAGUGCAUAUCAGACCCGAAAUUGUUCAAAAAAGUGAUUUAAAGUACAAUCCAAAGCUGUUCUGUAUAAUGUAUCAUUAUUUUUAUUUUACUGAUUAAAAUCUAUAGAUUUCAUGUCAUUUAUGACUGAAAAAGUGUUGCCGACGAUUUCAAUCGAAGAAAACAAUGAUAAACAUAGGCCUUAAGUCGAAAAAAGUACAUGAGAACAAAAAUCAAAAUCUAGCAAAUUGGAGACUGUGUUUAGAAAUUUACUGGAAAAAAUAUUUUAUGCAUUAAUUAGCAUUAUUAAUUAAUUAAAACUAAAUUUGUCUAAUGUUGGUACAAUUGACAAUUGAAUUGUGGAUAUCUCAUCGUGGGUGACGUGCGUGCCAUUUUUCAGUUCGAUCUACGGCCGAGAUCUGAGGGGGCUGUUUUUGACACCCUCCCCGGCUAUGCAAUUUCAAAAUAGCCCGGGCUAUAGGGUUAAUAAAACACCUUACCAGGGGGGCAGGGUGAAGAAGAGUGCAAAAUAUUGUCAAUUACUUGUCUGUUUGCAUUAGAAUUUGCAAAUGACGAUGGUGUAGAUCGGGGGGGGGGUGCCGCAAGGGGUGGGGGCAAGGGGUGACCCGCCCCCAAUAAUGCUCAUGUAGUUUUCUUUUUUUUCACCAAACGGAAUAAGGGAGAAAAGGGACGGGUUUAGAUAUUUGAUUUUAUAAUACCCCUAGUACUGAAUUGAGAAGAUAAUAACCUCGCGAUUAGGUUGUUUUAACCACCCCCGCCCCCUCCCCAUUAACACUAUCAAACAUCCUGGCGCCACCCCUGACGUGAAUUAUUUCACAGUGUUGUUUCGUUGUGAUUUAUUUUGACUCGUCAUAAACUGAAAUCGGCAUGCGCAAAGUUUGAUGUCAAGCUUUGUAUACGUUGACAGAAUUAAGCAUAAUUAUUGCAGCAUUGAUCAAUUUUAUGGACGAAUUAUUUGAUGGCUUUUCCAAAAGAAACCACCAACAUCGAUAAAGAUUACAUCCAGUCUAAAAGUAAUAUUGCAUUUCAAUAGGACAGUAACCCAGAAAAAUUUGUAGCUCGUGCUGAAAUAUACAGAGUGCGUAUUAUUUCGAAUGACCAAACAGAUUGUCUUUCAUACCAGACUCUUCAACCUGCAGCUUUUUAUAAAAGUAACUGCGAAGUUAAAUUAAUCUAGAAAAUAUACAAUUUGAACUUCAUAAUGGGUCUAUUCCAGAACAAAGAAAGAAACAGUUGUGUUUAGUUUUGUAUCAAUUAUUUAAUUUGUACGCCGGUUUUGCACGUCAUCAAUGCCGGGGCGCCCUAAACCAAAUCAUAUAUGUUUGUACAUGUUGUAUAUAUUAUGCAGAAUUAUAAAUGUGUCAUUAUUGUAUAUUUUAUAUCACGCUGAGUAUCAGGCAGAAAACAAUAUAUUGUAUAAAAUGUAAAUACAAAAAAAAUAUGUUAUAGUCCGAUACAUGGUCCAAUGAAAUCAACUUCUGUCGUAAUUUGUUAAAAAAUAUUAAAAUAUAUCAAAGAAAAAGUUCUCUGC